GUUGAUGACAAUUGCCUGACCAGUCCAUGUGCUUUUGGUUGCAAUGCUUUGGAUGAUGACUCUGUUGCUUGUGGGUGCCCAUCAGGCUUCUCUAGGAUUGGAUCUGGACAUUGUAUGUCUACACUCAAUCCCCCAGUGGGUAAUGGAGGAGGCAUUGGGGGCAUUGGAGGUAACACGUUUGGAGGUGGUAAUGGAUUUGGAUCCCAGUUUGGUGGAGGACCUGGAGGCCAGUUUGGUGGAGGACAUGGAAGCCAGUUUGGAGGAGGACAUGGAGGCCAGUUUGGUGGAGGCCCGGGAGGUCAGUUUGGUGGAGGUACUGGAGGCCAGUUUGGUGGAGGAUUCAGUCAUACUUACAGCUAUGGUACUAAUCAGUUUGACCUUGGUGGUGUACCAACAUUUCCCAUAGGACCACAAGACCCACAUGGUGACAAUAAGAACAUCAUAUCCACUGAAGGAUGCUUCACAUGUAAGAAUGGAUUAACAGGACGCCGUCGUCGAUCAGUCCAUGUGCCAUCAGUGAUAAACCAGCAGUUAUUCAUUCCAGCCCCAGUUAACUAUACAGAUGAUCAAGUUGUGCUGGUCCAUGCCAACAACAACACACACAGGAUAGUGCGACGUAGUCUUGAGGAUGAAUUUAGAAGACAAGACAGCAUAGCACACAGGGCAGCCAAAAAUCCAAUUGUUCUGAAGGUCUCCUUGAAGCAGACUAAACACAGGAUGCAGCUUAUAAAAUUAAAACCAGCUUUAACAUAUCUCCAGAACAAUGUUAAAUAUGAAAUAGUCAAAGGAAAUGAAAACAAAGUAUUUGAUAUGAAGUCUCGCCAUGGGACAACAUCUCUACACUUCCACCGUCGUCUACACCGACCAGAAACCUUUGACUUGGAGAUCAGUGGGCAUCCACUGGAUUAUAAUAAUCUUGAAGAUACAAACAAUGAUCUUGAUGUAAACAUUAGGAUCAUUGUUACACACUAAGACAAAACUUAAUGUAGUGACAUGUAUAGAGUUGUAAUGCAGAUUUUUAUUCCAUCUUUAAGAUUGAUAGGCAAAGAACACUUUUAUCAUGAUAUUUUGUAAGUUAUAUUUGAAAAGCUCAAAGAUAUAUUAUGGUACUGUAUGCUGCAUAGAGCAGUAAAGUUCUUGUUACAGGUUUUCAGUGUAAAGCUAUUUAUGAAGAAAUUGUGGUGAUUAUAAGAUAAUCAAAAUAAAAUUAUUUUAUACAAUAGAAUAAUUCAAGGAUAAAUUGGUUAAGAGUAUUAAAGACUGCUUUAUGGGUCAAUAAGGAAUAUUGAAAGUGGUUCUUUAAUAAAACAUAAAACAUCUAGCAAAAUUUUGCAUAUGUAGAAUGAUAUGCAUUUUUUUUUUUUUUUUUUUUUUUUUUUUUUUUUUUUUUUUUUUUUUAUGUACAUUGAAGUUUAGUGUACUUAGUAGUCAUUAGUGCUUUCUUUCCUAUUAGUUAGUAACAUUAGUCAUUUGUAAAGCUGAAUGAGUUGUAGUACUAGAAUAAAUUAAUAUUAUAACGGUGAUAUUUUUGAAGGUGCUAAUAUAUGUUUGGCUUAGCUUACUUUCUCAUGUAGAGCUAAACUAGGGACCAGUUUUAUAACUAUAAUUCAGAGCAGAUGUGUCAUUUUACUGACAGUAGCACAAUUGGCUUUUUUCUGUCUGUCUUUACUGUGAAUAUUGCAUCCGCUCAUUUUUCUACUACGAAUUCUACUAACAGUAAAUAUGCACACAGCUGUUCACAUGGGGUCUUGCAGAUAUAGCCCACCUGGUUGAUACUUAAUAACAAUUAAUAGUCAUGAACUGCGAAUGUAUUAUACCCUAGAACAGUAGCAACUGAAACUGAAAUAUUAAUCAUAUUCCUUUUUUGUGUGAUCUUUUUCAUAAAAUAACAAAGGGAUUAGCUUUAUCAAUAAGUUUCUUCUAUGAGCUAUGAUGUAUGACUUCGCACGUUGUGUGGUGUCCAACUAUUGAGCAAUCAUAAUGUCUAGUCCUGGGACAACGUAUCUCCAUCGUGCUGCAUCCUUGUAGCCAUAGCAAAAUAUUAUUUAUGACUUUGGGGUCUUACUGUUUAUUGCACAUACUCUGCAAUCCAGGUUUCAUUAUAUUAAUGGCCUACUUCAUUUGUUAAUUGUAUUAUAUUAAUUAUUUUGUUUAUGCACAUGCUCAUAUAUGCAUUUACAUAUGCAAGUACAUGCACCAUACAAAGACUUUAAUCAAGUGUGUGCAUGCACACAUCCACACAGACAUAUAUAUACAACUAUAUACUUAUAUAUUUAAGUAAAUCAGGGUAUUAGAUUUACCACUCUUAUGACAUCAAAGUUUACACUUAUGGAGAUGCAGUGUCCAGUUCAGCCACAGUAUUGUUCACCCUCACUGCCAAAGGACAUCACCGUUGUCAUAUUAAAAACUCACCAUAACUGUUAAGUGAUAUCUGCUCAUCUUGUCAGUUUUCUGUUGAAGGAGUUAUUGCAUACAUACUUUCAUAUAGGAUAGUAAAUGAUUCUGUCAGUCUUUAUUUGAUUAUUCUUCACUAACAAGUGCAAUCUCCUUUUACAGUGACACCCAUUCUCAUUGCUGUUUUUACCAAGUUGUUAGAAAUAAUAAGAUAUGACUAUUGAAUCAAUCCAGAGUAAGUCAUUUUUGUCACAGUAUAUUUUAUGGUUGGUCAAAUUUUUGUAUGUAAUCCUGUGUGUAUAUAAAAAUGAAGAAUUAUUAUUAAGUAUCACUGCACAAGUCUAUUUUUCUCCAUAAUUGUACUAUGAUAUUGUCUUACUAUAUGAAAAAAGAAGAUUGCUUUCUCAUACUAAAUCAAUAGAUUGAAAGAUUAAUGGAAAAAAAGUCAUAAGCAAAUUACAAGUGUUACUUUAACACUUCUAACACUUAGGUCUGCUUCUUCACCAUCAGUCACACUUCCUGGGUAAUAUAAUAUAUGUGAGCUUGAGGAUCUUUGAUAUUCAUCUCAGACUCGCUGAUCUCGUAACAUCUGUGCCGUUACAUUGAUAAUCAUAGUCUCCUGCAUAACUCUGACUGCUUAUGAAGUCUUGUUUCAUAAUAAAUAUCACCAAAGCCUUA